AUGGCUCAGGCACGGCAUCCAGACCGAAUCAAUUCUAUUUAUGUCAUCACCGAUGUCGUCUCAUCGGUAUUUACGUUUCUCGCAACCAUCUGCGUCUUGCUCCGCUUCAUUCAACGCCGUUUGCAGCGGGAUAUAACAUUGGGUUGGGAUGAUUGGACUAUCCUAGCUGCUUUCUUUUUUGCAUUCUGUGUUUUCAUAUGUGACAUUCUACUCGCCUUGCCCAAUGUGGGUGCUGGGGGCUACAACACAGCAGAGUUCACGCCAUCACAACUUCGUACUUACCGAAUACUUUCGGACCUUGGCGAUAGCUUCUAUACUACCAGCGUUGCGCUUUCCAAAACAUCAGUCUUGCUAUUUUACCGCAGAAUAUUUUCUGUUGACAAAGUAUUCCUGAUUCUGAUGCGGGUCAUACUAUUCAUUAUCUUUGUUGCCUGGUUUGUCGUCGUCUUUUUCAUCGCCUACUACCCUUCUGCGGGUGUCCGCGGGCUUUCUGGGGGCAUAUUAGCUGCUAUUAUUGGCUCCAUCUUGGUGGAUUUGGCCAUUUUUACGAUGCUACAAUUCAAGGUCUGGCUGCUACAGCUCAGCAUGCGACGCAAGGUCCUGUUAUCUCUACUUAUUGUAUUGGGUCUUUUUUCCAUCGUCGCCAGUCUUCUUCGGCUCCUUACUCUGGCACGUCUUAAGGCGGAUAACUACGACUAUGGCCUUGGGGAGGUUUACCUGUGGGCCAACGUGGAAAUGUUUCUAUACAUUAUAUGCGCCUGCCUGCCCGUUCUCUACAACCUCGUACGAGUACAAGUCAAAAAGCGAACGCGAAGAUUUUCAAAGCCAAGGUUAACAGAAGAGGAGGGCCUUGUAACAAUCGGUCGCAUAUCUACAAAGGCUGGCUGGACCAAAUACAGCGACCAAAGUUCACGGCAGGUUUUGAACAGCAGUUUUCCGGGGACAAAAUACAAGCUGCCAAAUGACAGCGAAACCUUGGAGUUGAACGCCUUGGAGCUGGCGCAUCUUCGCGGCGAGUAG